CCAAUGGGCCCAUAAACCCUUUUUCGUUUCUCCCUUUUAUAUCUCUCGUCUCUCUCUCUCUCUGUCUGAAGAGAAGGAAAGAUCAUCAAUCACGAUUCCAAUGGCGUCGAUUCUGGGUGAUUUGCCUUCCUUUGAUCCUCACAAUUUCAGUCAACAUCGUCCCUCCGAUCCUUCUAAUCCCUCUGUUAGUUUCUUCCCCCAAAUUCAAUUUUUCAAUUUUACGGAUCUGAGUUAGGCUUUACUUGGUCGUAUUGGAAAAAAAAUGUGUCCUUUGUUGAUUCAAAGAGAUGUAAUUCGAAUGUGUAUCUGGGUUUUGCUGCUUACUUGAAGAUGGUUCCUACCACCUAUCGUCCUACUCACAACCGUACACUUCCACCACCAGAUCAAGUGAUAACUACAGAAGUGAAAAACAUUCUUAUACGCAGCUUCUAUCAACGAGCUGAAGAAAAGUUAAGACCAAAGAGACCGGCUACAGAUCAUCUGGCAGCGGAGCACGUGAACAAGCAUUUCCGUGCUGCGUCUUCUUCUUCAUCUACUCAGGGUUUAUAAAAAACUUAAGUUCAAGCCUAUAACAAUGGUCAUUUGUAUGAGUACCUCUUAUUAGUGUUUUCAAUGUAGAAAAAAAAAGAUAAGAGCAGUUCAUGAGAGAAAUGUAGUGAAAAUGUGUGUGUACAUAACAUUAAUGUUUCUUUUAUUUCUUGACUUAAAGUUGCUCACUAUUCACUAGCGUUGAACAUGAAAAUCAGGUUACGUUAACGAAGUUACGAG